AUGAAGCACGCGGCGCUCCGCCUCGCAGGGAGCACUUCGCGUCCAAAAGCCACGGAAGGCGCGCAGGAGGACAACCUCGAUAGCUACAGUGUUCGCCUGAACCACGUCAGUGGCAUGGACUUGGGGGAUUUACGACCUACGUUGUGGAGCAGGAGAUCGCAUAGACACAGUGACCUUAAACAAGGUCCAUCCUGGACAGUCAAAAACACACUCGAAGAUAAUCGUUUGGAAGAUCAUGAAGAGUUAUUGCCAAUCACGCGCGGCCGCCGAUCGCGACCAUUAACCCGCGAGUGCUACCGCCUGACCGCCGCCCACGGAAGCACGCGCGCGUCAUGUCACGUGUCGAACGCCAUGCCGUGGGUUGGCCGGACCUCGCCGCUUCCGGACACGCCAGCUACUUGA